AAUGGCCAAUCGGCAAUAAAUUGCGUAAAAACACACACUGCCUAUGAACCCCACAAGGAGAUGGCUCUACGAAAGUUAAAUCUGUGGCCUAUAACCAUAAUAAAUAACUCCCGACGUUUCAUUACAACAACGACUGCAACAUGUAAAACUUUCGCACAAAAAUAUAGAGACUUUUGGUCUUCAAAGUCUGAAAUUCAUCCACCAUACGGUCAUUUUGUUCAAGUUGGUGAUCCCGUUUUGCGUUCCAAGGCUGUAGAUGUACCCGCCGACAUGUUGGACAGCAAAGAGAUAGACUUGAUUAUAGAUCAAAUGAUAAAAGUUUUACGUAAAUAUGAUUGUGUGGGCAUUGCAGCACCUCAGAUAGGUGUUUCAUUGCGUUUAAUAGUUAUGGAAUUCCGAGAAGGGUUAAAAGAUAAAUUUACAAAAGAAGUAUAUGCUGCUCGAAAAAUGUCAACACUACCAUUAAAGGUUAUAAUAAAUCCCACAUUAAAAAUUACCAACUACAUUAAGCAUAAACAUCCCGAGGGUUGUAUGAGUGUGCGUGGCUAUUCGGCUGAAGUUGAACGUUACGAAGCUGUUACACUUACCGGCAUUGGGAAAAGAGAUACGCCAUCUGAACUGCAGCUGAGUGGGUGGAAUGCUCGCAUUGCCCAACAUGAAAUGGAUCAUUUAGAUGGAAAACUCUAUAUUGAUCAUAUGGAUCGGCAAACGUUUCAUUGUACCUGUUGGGAGGCUGUAAAUUCGAAAGCUGGGCGCGUUGAAAUACCAUUUUAUAAAUGAGGCGAACCGCUCCUCUUGUCAUUUAUUAGCGUUUUUAAAUCUUAACUAUAAAAUAAAAUAAUAAUUUUUAAACAUGAA